UCGGCUUACUCGCGCGGAUGCUGGGGUUCUGCAGAAGAGGUGGAGACCGCGCCGCCCCGACGAGUGUCCCGCGGGAAGUGCCCCUCCUUUCCUGGACGGACGAGCACGAGGCGGUCUCGGCACCAACUCAGACCAUGUGGACGGCGGACGAGAUUGCACAUUUGUGUUAUGAGCACUAUGGAACCCGGCUACCUAAGCAGGGGAAACCUGGGCCCAACAGAGAGUGGACAUUACUAGCAGCAGUGGUGAAGAUCCAACCUGCAGCCGACCAGGCCUGUGACUACCCCGACCAACAGGUGCAAGUGACAAAGGAAGUCAUCGCUAUGGGAACAGGGACGAAGUGCAUAGGCCAGUCCAAAAUGAGGAAGAGUGGAGACAUCCUCAAUGAUAGCCAUGCUGAGGUCAUAGCCAGGAGGAGUUUCCAAAGGUACCUUCUCCAUCAGCUCCACUUGGCAGCUGCCCUGAAAGAGAAUAGCAUCUUUGUCCCAGGAACUCAGAGAGGACUGUGGAGACUCAAACCCGACCUCUCCUUUGUGUUUUUCUCCAGCCAUACACCCUGUGGGGAUGCCUCCAUCAUUCCAAUGCUUGAGUUUGAAGAUCAGCCUUGCUGUCCAGUCAGCAGAGAUGGGGCCAGUAACCCAGCAGUAGAUAUUAGUGGUAACCUGGAAACUCCUGGAGAUAAAAGGAAAUAUGAAGACCCAGAGUGUAGCCUGAACAAAAAGAUAAGGCCUGAGCCUGGGACUCCUGCCAGGGAAAUCACCAAUGGGGCAGCUCACUAUCAGAAUUCCAGCAAUCAGGAAAGUGACCCUGUCCCGCCAAGUGUCAGCAGUUCUGCUGUGCUCACCGCGGAGGGACUGGCUGAUGUCACCACAGAGGCCCCUGGUUGUGCCAAGGUGGUGGAUGUUUAUAGAACUGGAGCCAAGUGUGUUCCUGGAGAAGCAGGAGACUCGGGGCAACCUGGUGCUUUGUAUCACCAGGUGGGGCUGCUCCGAGUGAAGCCAGGCCGGGGAGACAGGACCUGCUCCAUGUCCUGCAGUGACAAGUUGGCACGGUGGAAUGUUCUUGGAUGCCAAGGGGCACUAUUGAUGCACUUCCUGGAAGAGCCCAUCUACCUGUCAGCUGUGGUCAUCGGGAAGUGCCCAUAUAGCCAGGAAGCCAUGCAGAGGGCACUGAUCACGAGGUGUCAGAAUGUCUUGGAUUUACCCAAAGGUUUUGGAGUUCAAGAAGUGAAAAUACAGCAGUCGGAUUUACUAUUUGAACAAAGCCGCCGCGCAGUGCAGGCGAAAAGGACUGACAGCGAAUGCCGACUGGUUCCUUGUGGGGCAGCCAUCAGCUGGAGCGCAGUACCUGAGCAGCCACUGGAUGUCACUGCCAAUGGCUUUCCACAAGGAACAACGAAGAAAGGAAUUGGAAGCCUCCAGGCCAGAUCUCGAAUCAGCAAAGUGGAAUUCUUUCGGUCAUUCCAGAGCCUGCUAAGGAGUAUUUCAGAGGACAGAUGGCCAGAUUCCCUCAGGGUGCAGCAGCCUGAGACCUACCAAGAGUACAAGGAGGCCGCGUCUGCGUACCAGGAUGCCUGGAGCAUGCUCCGGAAGCAGGCCUUCGGAUCCUGGAUCAGAAACCCCCCGGAUUAUCACCAGUUCAAAUGAGAAGGGAACAGCUGCAGACCUUCCUGGCAGCAGGCUGGUUUCCAGUUGUUCCUCCUGGACAGUCAUCUUCUCCUGUGCUGAACAAGACUUAACUUUUCUUGUGGCUGAGUCGGGAGAAAAAAAAGUCUGCCAAUACCAGAGCAGCAUACCUCUUUUUGUGUAAGAUGAUGAAAUCCAAGACAUGGAACAAUCUAUGCCUAAUUGAAGAGCUCUUAGCUAAAAUGGCAUCUUGCUCAUGACCUUAGUAUCUGCCCUAACUUGUGUUGUAUUGCAUCUCUAAAAAUGUGGAACAAGAUUUGGAGUGCGAUGUUUUCAAAGUUCUCAGCAGUACUUCCAUUUUGUGUGCCCCUGCAUUGAUUCUGUAUUUAUCAGGCUGAGAUGCAAGUUUGAGAGCUUCCGCUGGCGUCCUGGUCUAUCUUUUGUCUGCCCAACCUUUCUUCCUUUGGAGAAUCACCCUUCCCUGCUCUGUCCAGAGGUCUUGGUUAAAUCAAACCUUCCUCCUGGCCAGCCCUGGACUGUCUGGGAACUAAUGCCAAAGCCAUCCGGAAAGAUUCUCUCUCCUCUUGAAUCCAGAGCCAGAGGGCCACUUAAACCUGGGACUGCCCAUUGCUGUGCCAGAGACAGCCAGCUUGACAGUGAAGGCAGCAAGAAGGAAACAGCCAAGAGACCCAAAGCUCCACGAACCAUGUUUGGGUGCCAGGAGCUGGACUUCUGUUAUGAAAGAUAAAUUCCCGUUGUGGUUUUGAGCGAGCCUAUUUGAGUCCUUCUCUGUGUCUUUCAGCUGCAAGAAUUCUGUCUAAAAGGCCAAGAUUUCCUAUGGCGAAUCAACCAUCCGGUCUUAACUAGCAUCUACCAUUUAACUCUUAACCUCUUCACCCUUGAAUUAGUGCCUGAAAAUGGAAAGUCUCCACAUUGGGGGACUACUCAGUGUUCUUGUCAGUUCUUGAGCAUUUUUUUAAUAGCUGUAAAUAUUUUUCAGUAACUGCAUUAUUGGUAUGUAAUUCAUGUACCAUAAAAUUUACCCACUUAGAGUGUACAAUUCAGUGGUUUUUGUUAUAAAUUUUUGUUAUAAAUUGGGGGCCAGUGGGCAGGACAGUACCCACUAGUAGUCACUACCCACUUCCCCCCACCCUCCCUAGCUCCAGGGACAGCAUCUGCGUUCCCUCUCCAGACUCACCUGUUCUGAUCAUUCAUGUCUAUGGAAUUCCACCAUAUGUGCUCUUUUGUGACUGGCUUCUUGGACUUAAUAAUGUUUCUUAAGAUUCAUGUUGUUGAAUGAACUAGUACUUUAUUUCUUUUGGGGGAAUAAAAAUAACAUUCAGUCAUAUGGCUACAUCGUGUUUUGGUUUUGCAGUUUUCAGUUGUUGGACAAUGGAGGUGGCUUCCACUUUCAGCGCUUACGAAAAGCACUGGCUGUGCACAUUCACGGCCAAGUCUGUGUGUGAACAUAGGCGCAUACAUUUUCUUAAUUACAGAAGCAAUACAUCUUUGUCUUAACAAGUUACCCUUGAACUUUUUUCUGUAAUAAAUCCUUUUGUCUUUCACCUCACACCAUGGAUUCAAGUACUUCACCAUCUUAAUGGUUGUUCCCUGCAUGUGCCCAACUUAAUUUUCAACUUUUAAAAAUAAAAUUAAAAUAAACUUUAUAAAUGAAAAAAAAAGCAAAAAGUUUUCUGUGAACUGUAGAAACAUAAGAAAAUCCUCAGAAGUGACAUUGUAUAAAG